CUUUCGCCUCACUUUCCCUCCCUGCGCGCCGCUAACAGAGAGACCGGCCGAGGCGGGCGCGGCGCACUUUACAGCUUGCAGGGAUGGUGAGGCAGAGCCAGCUCCACUGCACACGUCAGGUGACCAGAGAUUCUGGUCCUUCUGACAGAGAUGCAGGCCUCCCCCCUCUCCCUCCUGCCUCCCGCUGCGCCUCCCAGACCUCUGCCGGUACAGCAGUGAUGGAGAGCAGUCAGCCAGUGAACAUUACAGACUCAGGAAUACGCAGGAAGAAGAAGCGCAGGACCCGAGCAGCAGACAGCUCCACAGACACAUUCAGUGAUCUGUACAGACUCACUGACGAGGUGCUAGGGCAAGGGGCCUAUGCUAAAGUCCAGUGCUGUGUGAGCCUACAGAAUGGCAAUGAGUAUGCUGUAAAGAUCAUUGAGAAGAUUGCUGGCCACAGUCGGAGCAGGGUGUUUAGAGAGGUGGAGACAUUAUAUCAGUGCCAAGGAAAUAAAAAUAUUCUGGAACUCAUUCAGUUCUUCGAAGAUGACAGUCGCUUUUAUUUGGUGUUUGAGAAGCUGAAUGGAGGCUCCAUCCUAACACACAUUCAAAGGAGGAAGCACUUUGACGAGAGGGAAGCCAGUCGUGUUGUCAGGGACAUAGCUCAAGCUCUUGACUUCCUGCACACCAAAGGAAUUGCUCACCGGGAUCUGAAACCUGAGAACAUCCUCUGUGUAGAUGCUGACAAGGUGUCUCCUGUGAAGAUCUGUGAUUUUGACCUGGGCAGUGGAGUGAAGUUGAGCAGUGCCUGUACUCCCAUAACCACGCCGGAACUCACCACACCAUGUGGUUCAGCAGAGUACAUGGCUCCAGAGGUGGUGGAGGUUUUUACAGACGAGGCCUCUUUCUAUGACAAACGAUGUGACCUCUGGAGCCUGGGAGUCAUCCUCUACAUCCUGCUUAGUGGCAGUCCGCCUUUUACUGGCCACUGUGGCACUGACUGUGGCUGGGAGCGAGGGGAAACCUGUCGUGCCUGCCAGAACAACCUCUUUGAGCGGAUCCAGGAGGGAAAGUAUGAAUUUGGUGAUCGGGACUGGGCCCAUAUCUCAGACAGUGCCAAAGACCUGAUCUCCCGGCUGCUGGUGCGAGAUGCCAUGCUGAGGCUCAGUGCAGCACAAGUCCUGCAGCACCCAUGGGUGCAGGGGAAUGCUCCAGAAAGAAGUCUUCCAACUCCACAUGUCUUACAAAGGAAACUGAGCACUAAGGACCUGACUCAGUUCGCGGCAGAGGCCAUGGCCUUUAACAGGCAGCUGUCACAGCAGGAUGAACAGCAGGAUGACAGUGGGGCUAUCAUGUGCUCCAUGAGACUCUCGCCACCCUCCAACUCCAGGCUGGCCCGACGCAGAGCACAGUCCCUCGCACUCCGCAGCACUAGCCAGUACCUAGCCACUGCGCAGGUGCCGGAGUAAGCCCAUACACUAUAUAAAUGCAUGUUGUUGGCUUAACACGUUUUUUUUUUUUUUUUUUUGCUCAAGUGCCCACUCAGAAGCCAACAUUGUUGAGUACUUGCUGCAUUUGGGCUUGAGGGACCUAAUGAUUACAUAUAAAUACACACACAAACACACAUUUGCAUAGCCUGCACACAAUGCGCUCAGUGCCAGCUGUGAGCGGACAGCAGGGGAGGUUAAGUUAACCCAAAAAGUAAAUACCGACUACACCUACUUCAGUAUUUUCCACACUGGCUAAGGGUUAAUGCAGUUCUGCAAUUCACCGUUUAGCGUAGAUGUAGAGGAUACAUUGAAAAAAUAAUAUAACAUGCUUCUUCAGGUUGGCUUUGUAAGUCAUGUACAGCCGAGAUGUACCAUACAUGAUUGAAACUGAUUUCCAUAUAUUUAAGUAUUUAUUACCAAAUAUUUGUGGCUGAAAGUUUUAGUCAACUACAGAGCUGCUUCAAUAGAAGGGAAAAUACUUAUCUUAAUUUUAAUAUAGCUACUGUGCUAAAAUGGUUCUCAGUUUCCUUUUUGUUUUUUAGAUUUUCCAUUUUAAAAUAUCAGCCGUUUUAGAAGAUUUUAUAGAGCACUGUCUUUUUUGCACAUUUGUUUGCUUUUUUUCCAUUUCGUGGUGUUUUUGUUUUGUCGUUUAAACUAUGUUUCAGGUUAGGACUAUGAUUCUGCCCAGUAAUUCUUAACAACCAGUGUGAACAGUGUUGUAAUGAUAUUUGAGACUUAAUGCAUGACACCAUACUGCCUUAUUGCAUUAAUAUACAAUGGGGAAAAAAUGGUUACUGGGCCUUCAUAUCCAUAUUAAUUAUGUCUUACCUCAAAUACAGUUUGUACAUUGUUUUUGCACAUUUUUACUACAAGCAGGGGUCUCUGUUCUACCAGCAAGUAACAUGCUUUUUGUACAAUACUGUUUGUCUAGUCUACAGUACUGCUAGUUUUAGAGCUAAAGAUUAGUCAGUCACUUGUAAAGGUCAGUUCGUGUUGCACAGUUGUAUGUUCUUAUUUUUUUCUUCUUUGAUGUAUGGUGAUCUGCAUAUGUCUAUUUUUUCACUGUUUAUAGAGUUUUUGAUUUUAGUCUGUAUUUUUGUAAUGGUCUUCAAUAGAGAAUUCUCAUGAACAAAACAAACUCAUCAGUGUUUGGGAUUACUUGGAUCCUGAAAUUUAGAAAAUGCAACCAACUUCUAAGACUGAACUUUGGAGAAGUGGAAAAAUAUUUCUGUAGAAAAGUUGAAAGUGUGUCUUCUAUAAUGAAUGGAAGCUGUAGUAAAGGUGAGGGGGGCACACUACAUGUGACCCAGAAAAUUUUGAAA